AGAAGCUGCUAUUCUCAGCCAGCCCUCAACAUGUCUCUUAGUUUUAGUACAAGCUGGGAGCUACACUGAGCUGGCGGUACCUGGUCAGAACUAGUCUUUGACUCUUGCUAAUCCUUUUGGUCCUUUUGGGCAGCCCUAGGGGGCCUCAUCUGGGGAUGGACAGAGACAAGAUGUUCCUGACCCUUACAAAUUGAUCCAUUUGUGCCAGCCUUUGUCCCCAGGUUUAGAACAUCUAUCCUGUGGUCUCAACCAUCCCUGUUUUCCGUGGGAAGGAACUGUUGUAUGUGUGGGCUUUGUGCACAGCUGCAUGAAGGAGAAUAGGGUGAAAUGGUGCUGGGGAAAGUGUGAGGCCCUUUCUGGUGCUAGCAGCUCCCUCCUGAGGGAGACAUUCAGGUGUAACAAGAUCAGAUAGGAGCAUGAGCCAAGGGCUAAGAAUAGAAUUUGGGCUCAGGUGGGGACAUACGAAUGCCAGCCGUGAAGUUGUCAGCCAGAGCCAGAAAAAGGAGCAGAGCCAGGGUUCUAAGGAAGGGCAGAGUCCGUUUGGGAUUACAAGCAAUUGAUAGGCAGCAGCGAACGUAGAAGAGGGCAAGGAUCAGGCCCCAAAGUACUGGGAAGCAGAGCCAGGAAGUAAGCUCUGGGCCUGGAGGAAGCCCCUCCUGGUUCUCAUGGCCUUCUUGGUGUCUGGGACCCUACAAGCCGCUGCACAGCUGGUGGAUGCUUGGGACAGCCUGGGGAGAAAGGGAAAAUACAGUGUGCAGGGUUCAAGAGCAGCCUUGAUACUCUGCAGCCCUGGGGUGUCUGCCAGAGCAGUUGCUGCCAUGGAUGGUGUGCUCCAGGCUCUGGGCUUUGAAAACUAUAAGAAGAGGCAGGUCCUAGUCCAGAGCUUUCUUGAGGAACUGGGUUUGUUCCGGGAGCAGCUGGAUGUUCAGGGGGUUCCUGUGGGAUGUGCCUUGGUGGUCUUAAUGGCCCCCAGUGGGCAGCUAAGGCAGCCACAACUGCUGGUCAAGGAGCUGAGUCACUGUGGGUCCCUGCAGGGUUGCCCCAAAAUCUUCCUGUUACUCUCUAGUGGCCUCAAGGCUGCCUGGGAGCCUGAAGCUUUCCUUCUGCAUCUGGGGAAAAUCUGCAGUCAACAUCCUCACUGGUCACUGCUGCAGCUCCUGACAGAGCUCUUUUGCAGAAUAGCUGAAGAGUCUGCUGAGAACACCUACUGCCCCAUCUUUAGGACUUCCUUUCGGGGGACUCUGUGUUUGGGAGAUGGGCCCUGGAGGCCAGAGUCAGACCCUGGACCCAGCACACAAUAUGACCUGUCUGGGACCAGGGCUGCCCUCCUACUGGCUGUGUUUCAAGAUCGGCUAGGAGCACGGCACGAUGUGACAGCACUGAGGGAUCUUUGCCAGGCUUUGGGCUUCAAGGUCACCCUGAGGACAAACCCUUCAGCUCAGGCCUUCAGGGAGGAACUGGCAGAGUUUCGGAAAAAGCUGGAUACUCAUAAGGGCCCUGUGAGCUGUGCCCUGGUGGCCCUGAUGGCCCAUGGGGGGCCACAGGGGCAGCUGCUGGGGGCCGAUGGUGAAGAAGUACAGCCAGAAGUGUUGGUGCAGGAACUGAGCUGCUGCCAGGCACUGCAUGGCCACCCCAAGAUCUUCCUGUUCCAGGCCUGCCGUGGUGGGUACAGGGACCCUGGUGUGGGGCCAAGAGCUCUCCCAUGGUACCGGCAUUGGUUGAGAGCACCCCCAGCCAUCCCCACCCAGGCAGACGUUCUUCAGAUCCAUGCUGAUGCCCCAGGCAGCCUUCUCUCCACUCCAGGGGGCUCAGGCCAAGCAGACAUCCUUACCGUGUAUGCCGCUGCUGAGGGCUGUGUGGCCUAUCGGGACGAAAAGGGCUCGGACUUUGUCCAGACACUGGUGGAGGUCAUCAGAGCCAACCCUGGAAGAGAUCUCCUUGAGCUGAUGACUGAGGUCAACAGACGGGUGUGUGAGCUGGACGUCCUAGGGCCAGACAGUGAUGAACUGCGCAAAGCCUGCCUGGAGAUCCGCAGCUCGCUCAGGCGCCGGCUCUGUUUAUAGGACUAACAACCUCGCCACUUCCCCUGCAUCCCCUCUUCACAUCCUGUCAUCGAUGCAGCAAUGGGCGUGGGAGCUCAGAUAGCGCCAAUAAAUAUGUAUUCACGAUCGGCCUGCUCCGGGAAAUGCAUGCUUUUUCUGAAAUACGGGAGAUAACGGGAAAGUACGUGGCAGAUAGGGGAACGACUGUGCUCCCGGGAACCAGAGGUUGGAUCGGGGUCUGUGCCUCCUGUCUGGGACUACGGAACCUAACAAGGCUGAUUUGGAUAUGCCCGGGGAGGCCUAGGGAGAUAGAAGUCCUGGGAAGGAUUAGCUCAGGAACCAUAACUCUCGCCUCGCCGAGUCCCUGAUGCGGGCCCUCUCAAUUUCCACAUGGCACUGGGGCCACAGAGUUGAGGACAAGGCGAGCCAGCACAGAUCUGGAGACUGGAAGAGACCAUUGUGCAUACAUCAGUGAUGUGAUAGGGCAAGUGCACGGGUUGUUCCGGAUCCUGAGUUGAGAGCCAGCAAAUGGAGGAGAUCCGAAAGGCAAGCCUCUAGGAUUUGGAAGGACUGGCUGACUGCCCAGGAGGGCUCGUAGCGAUUUAAACUUGCGUAGGCUCCUAUGUACCUGUCGCUAAAUAGAUGAACUCAAAGGACAGGAAUUUUCUUCAGUUUAAGCAUGCGCAGUGGGCGCUUGAGUAAGCCUUAUGGAGAGAGCUAAGAGGGGAGCCGGCGUAGGGCCGCGUGGCCUAAUGGAUAAGGCGUCUGAUUCCGGAUCAGAAGAUUGGGGGUUCGAGUCCCUUCGUGGUCGCUGCUUGUAUUUGUUUUCUAAAAACCUAUUUUAAAACUUCCCAUUCUCAAGUUUGCUUUCCAAAUUCUUCACCCCACGGCUCUCAGGACUCCCCAUGCCGUCUGGUACCCUGGAUGACACCGAAGGAAGGUCAGCAUGAUUGUGUUAAGUAGGUCAAGUUAGCCGAAGACAGACCAGGAGCAGCUCGAAUUAGGAAAGGAACCGAAUAGAUGUCAGAUUGGGGUGCUGGCAUGGUGGGUGGCACAUGUCCCAAGGGGACGCCAAGGACACUUCAUUAAACAACACCACCACCACCACCACCACCACCACCACCACCACCACCACCACCACCACCACCAAAAACAACUCAGUAGGCUAUCCGGUUGAUACUUGUAUGAUAUAGUGAAUGUAAUUAAUGUCACUGAACUGAACAUUUGAAAUAAUUAAAUCACUAAGUUUGGUGUGUAUGUCCACAACUCUAAAAUCCGUGAAAGGGAAAGAAAAUUAGAUUUCUUACAACCAGAGUGUGACCAGGCACACCUGUAAUACCGGUAUUUAGGAGGCGGAGGCAGAGGAAUGAAAAGCCACUCUGGGCUACGUGAGAUCCGUAGGUGUCUCCGUACAGGUCCAGUUUAAAUACAAAAUUUUAAAUAGCAAGAAUAUGUCCAAGAUUAAGUUAACACCUUUUAAAGGAAUCAUUUACUUAUUUUAUGUAUAUAAUAUAUACAUAAAAUUUUAAAGGAAUCAUUUACUUAUUUUAUGUAUAUAAUAUAUACAUAAAAUUUUAAAGGAAUCAUUUACUUAUUUUAUGUAUACGAGUACACUGCAACUGUCCUCAAGACACACCGGAAGAAGACAUCGGAUACCAUUACGGACGGUUGUGAGCCACCAUGUGGUUGGAGGGAAUUGAACUCAAUACCUCCGGAAGAGCAGUCGGUGUUCUUAUCCAGUGAGCCAUCUCUCCAGCCCUUGGGUUGAUACUUCACCUGGGGGAGAAAAAUCUCUAUUUAAGUGGAAUGUCUUUCAUCCCUACAAAUCCUAGGACCACGGAAGGCAAGGGCGGGGAGCCAGCUCACGUGACACAGCGUCGUGAGAGUAAUUUUUUCUUUUUAAUGUUACAGAGGCUUAAUAAGGCUUGCAAAUAUAUUAGAUCAGUUACACGCGCGGGCGCGCGCGAACACACACACACACACACACACACACACACACACACACACACACACACACGAGAUAAGGAGAGUCAUCGAAAGGUCAAAAGGACAUGAGGCUGGGCUGGAACCCACAAGCCUCAAGCCAAAGAUCUAUUUCAGGUUCUUUCAACUGGGCUAACUGUUCGGUUGUUGUUUUUGUUUUUGAGAGGGGUAGGUAUCAAGUAAAAUAUAUAGGCCAGUUGUAUACUUUGUAAAGAAAAAGUAUGAAGACCUGUCCCUACCAAGUAACACCUGGUUAGCACAGUUUCUCUGGACAGGGAACCGGCACUGACCGCACACACAUUAUCGCAUCGGCUUCUGUUCAUCCUGCAUCCUGCAUCACAAACACGUUUUCCAUACCGGCCGUCGGGUUCAAAGGGCUCAUUCGGUAUUGGUAUCUUGGAAGGACGUAUACCUGUUCUGUAGACCGAUGUGCACAAUAAAAACAGUGAUUCACGUGUUUCGGUUGCCUCCUCGCAAGUGCGUCCUCUUUUAGAUCUUAAGGGUUUUUGGGGUCUUGGCUGAAAAUGGUACACACAGCUGAUGAACACAGAAACGACGAGCGCAGAAACGACCCAAAGAAACAAACUGGUGGAAGAUCCAUGGGCCGGCCUCCCUGUCAGCCCCGGUGGCCUAAUGGAUAAGGCAUUGGCCUCCUAAGCCAGGGAUUGUGGGUUCGAGUCCCACCCGGGGUAAGAGGUUGUGUUUUAGGCCUCUAGGUAUCUGGAAAGUGAAAAUCGAAAUAAAGCGGUUUUCAAACAAUGGAGAAGGUUUUUAUAUGAAGUGAAACAUAUUUUGCUCUCAAUUUGUUUUCAAAUAAAUUUCAACAUACCAUUUCAAGGCAAUGUUUUAUUUUCAAAUAAACACGUUUUCGCUGUAAAAAAUACCAUAUGAAUUUUAUUCGAACUAUUUUUUUUUAAUGAACCACCAAUUAUUAGUUGAUACAUAGUAAUUGUUCAGGUUGUAGAUGUACAAUUUUAUUGAAGUUCCUUUAAAAAAAAUAUCGGGGUCUCGUUAGGUAGACCAGACUGGGCUCGAACGCAAAAUCCUUCGGCAUCUUCUUCCUGAACACCAGGAUCACAGUUGUACACAUUGAUUCCGGGUUAAGUUAUAUGUAUUCUCAAAAAGUCCUAAUUUUUUAUAAACCCAAUUAUUUAGAGACUAACGUCCAAGGCAAUUGGUUAAUAUUUAAAUUGUACUUUGGAGCUCGAGAGCAUAGCUCAGUGGCCGACUCAAAGGCACUGAAUACUAUUUUUUUUUUUUUUAGCUUGGAUACAUAUUUGAAAUAGAUAAUAAUACUGUAUUAAUACUGAUAAAAAUACUAUAUGAAUUUCAAAUACAUAGAAUGCAUGACUUCAUCUUCGGGUAAAAAAAAUUCCCAAAAUACAAGCUUCGAUAUAUCGUAAAUUUGGAAGUUUCUGAUGCAUUAUGUGUCAGGGACCCUUCCUAAUUAAUGCUGUCUUUCACAGGAAGGCCUCCCCGAGGCUGAUUCUGCAACUUGUAGGAUGAAAUUAUAUUUUCUUCGUUUGUCUGGUUUGUUUGUCUUAGCACGAGCUACAUGACGGUUGUGUGGAGGUCUUUGGAGUUUGACCCUGAUCUCUAGAAAAGAGAUCCAGUCCUUUAGACAGGGUCUGGAAGGUUCUUCCGACCAUACCUGGAAUUAUUUAAAUUUGGUAUAUUUAUGAAGUGUUCGUUUAAAUGUACAAAAAAUUAAAUUUAUAGAGAUAGUCUUAAGAGAAAAGGAAGUCUUCCCACAGGAUUCUGACUCUAUUGCCCCGUGUACGAAAUGCUUGUUAGUCAAGUACAACACAACUAACUAAUCCUCUCCAGUUUUCAGACUUCUGUUAAGUUCUUUUACACAAAAGUAUCCGCCCAACGUGGGGCUCGAACCCACGACCCUGAGAUUAAGAGUCUCAUGCUCUACCGACUGAGCUAGCCGGGCGGCGAUAAAUAAGCCGUUCCCCACAGGCCUCUUGGAGUUCUAUAUACUUCCGGGUUCUAGAACGCAGUCGAUUUGUUCUUCUAGGGAGAGCUUCUAGUCCUAGAGCAAUGAUUGGUUUGCUCCUGCAGCUUUCUAUCAACUUCCCGGCCGGGGCUUAUGUGGUCCCUUCCUUCCCAGGAGCCACAGGUUUGGGGACAAGGUGGUGGUCUGUGAGGAUGUCAGUGAGACCUCCGUUUAGGGCCUGAUCGGUUCUAGAAUCUAAUCAUGAGAGAACAUACGUUUUCAAAGUCGCCGCAGGACACUGGAUCUCUGGCCGAACGCUAAGCCGCGGGCUUCGGAGAACCAACCCGGAGUUGUGGCUUCUGCGUCUAGGUCUCUGAGCUGCGCGGGCUGAGCUGGCAGAGUCCAGGCCCGAGUGGUUUUGGCCACGGUACAGGAUCUGCGGGUUCUGUGGCUCUCCCCGGAAGACUGAGGUUGCGGGACUGGCGGAUCGGAAGGCUCUCAUUCUUGACGUCCUAGACUUGGGUUCUAGUGGGCAAAAUUUCUGAGCCGGAGUCCACCAUGAGACUGCGUUGUUCAUACAAGCUCGCAGGCUUCCCUUUCCCGAAGGACGAUGGUCCUUGGUCAUUCAUAUCGAAUGCUGGGCCGUAGGGGACCGGUCUGCCCUGUCUUGAGCGUUUCGGAACUUUCCCUUCGGGCGGGUCUCCACGGAGACGAGCCUCCUCCCUUGGCUUCCUGAAACUCACAGGAAAAUGAAUUCGUGGAGUCGUCCUCAGCAGGGGCAGGACUAAGGGAACGUGUCAUUCAUCUAGAGAUAUCCAAAGAUCAGCAGUAAGCAGCUUCGGCACAGUGGCUCGUUGGUCUAGGGGUAUGAUUCUCGCUUUGGGUGCGAGAGGUCCCGGGUUCAAAUCCCGGACGAGCCCAUCUUUUUAAAUAAUUUUUUUUUUCUCAGUGUGUCUAGUCCCACGUAGCUCCGUCUCCGCAGAUUCCUGGAUGUAGUGUCCUGCGCCUUCCACACCACCGGAAGAAGAGAUCGGCAGCAGAGGCUGCGUUCACUCAACAUCCCACCAUAAUAAAGCUGGUCACCAGGG